AUGGCAAAAGCUAUUGUGAACCCAGGAAGAAAGGGAAGUGUGAACUUAGGCAGCUGCAUGAACGGGGGAGGGAGUGGGAGGGAUGGAGCAGUUCUACAAGCAUCAGUCGGAAGAGGAAUCAGGCUGAGAGAACAGUGUCCAGAUGAGUUGGGCAUCUGCCCCAAGGGUGUCACCUCCAACGUGUUUCGCUUCAACGUGUCAUCAGCAGAGAAGAACAGCACUAACCUGUUCCGGGCCGAGUUCCGGGUCCUGCGAGUGCCCAACCUAAGCUCCAAACGCGCUGAGCAGCGCAUUGAGCUCUUCCAGAUCCUCCGGCCCGAUGAGCACAUAGCAAAGCAGCGCUACCUCAGUGGCAGGAAUGUGCAGACACGGGGCUCAUCAGAGUGGCUGUCCUUUGAUGUCACUGAGACUGUGCGCGAGUGGCUCCUGCACAGAGAGUCCAAUCUGGGUUUGGAGAUCAGCAUCCACUGUCCAUGCCACACUUUUCAGCCCAAUGGUGACAUCCUGGAGAACCUGCAUGAGGUGCUGGAGAUCAAAUUCAAAGGCAUUGAUAGUGAAGAUGACUAUGGACGUGGGGACCUGGGACGCCUAAAGAAGCAAAAGAACCUUCACAACCCCCACCUGAUCUUGAUGAUGUUACCCCCACAUCGGCUGGAGAGCCCAGGUUUGGGAGGCCAGAGGAAGAGACGAGCCCUGGACAUGAAUUACUGCUUCCGGAACUUGGAGGAAAACUGCUGUGUCCGCCCUCUUUACAUAGACUUCCGACAGGACCUGGGCUGGAAGUGGGUCCAUGAGCCCAAGGGUUACUUUGCCAACUUUUGUUCAGGUCCUUGCCCAUACCUCCGCAGUGCAGACACAACUCACAGCACGGUGCUGGGUCUCUACAAUACGCUGAACCCUGAGGCAUCUGCCUCACCUUGCUGCGUCCCCCAGGACCUAGAGCCUCUCACCAUCCUGUACUAUGUUGGGAGGACCCCCAAAGUAGAGCAGCUUUCCAACAUGGUGGUGAAAUCCUGCAAGUGCAGCUGAAAGGCAACCAGCCCCACCAAAAGUUGAGAGGAUCUGUCACUGCUCUCCCUCCUUCUUCCAGAGCACUAGGAAUAGAACCAGGGGACCAAGGACCCCAAGCACCCAGGCCUGGGCUUCCAACCUUGUGGCUCAGGAUGUACCAGCUCUCUAGGGAUCCGUUCUGGAGUGUUUUAGUGUCGUGUUGACUCAGUCUCCUUCCUUCUGGGAGUCAUUUUGGUGACAUGAAGACUGUACUCUCGAUAAAGGCUGGACAUUCAUGGUGGAAGAGGGACACUGAAUGGAGAAACUGCACUGUUUUGAAGCAUGGAUGGCUGAGAAAGGGAAGCAAGAGUGUGGUGAGAAUGGCCAAACGUGGGGUGGGAAGAGAGACUGGCCAGUGCUUCCUGCUCACACUACAGCUGUCCCCUGACUUCAGCCUGCUCCUCUAUUGUGAAGAAUUAGAAUUUCCUUCUGAAGGAAGAAAUUUAAGUUUUCUCUGAAAAAAGAGCAUUAACUGAGAAGAGGUCGAGAAAGGCACCCAGAAUCUUGCUCCUCAGAGCUUCUCAGGAUGGGCCUGUCUGAGAGGAGGGGAGAGCACGCUGACUUCAUUUGCAGAAUAGUUGAGGUUUCCUCUGUGUUUGCCAUACAGCUCCACUCUUUUCCUGGAAUUCCUGAUAGAUGGUUUCUGGGUCAGGGUGGACACCACUGCUCCUGGGGUACCUGAAUUUUGGAUCCAUCCAGUUUGGGGUGAUUACCCUCAAAGGACUCUAUCUGUGUUGUGGUAUGUGAGGUGCUCUAGGGUAUUCAGUACCUCUCCUGCACAAAGACCUGGCCCAGGCCUUACCUGCCAAGGUUUUUAAAAAAUAUUAAUCUCAAAAACAUUGUAAAAAAAUAAAUAUUUUGUGGGGGGAAACAAUCAGAAAUUGUCUGAUGAAAUAGAGAUUUUAGCAUUUCAAAGUUGUGCUUUACCUGCAACAAAUAUUAUAAGGUAACUCUGAAACACGCCCACCAUCCCCUAUAACCCACUCUCAUUGGAAACAUUUCAGAGUAGACCAGUCUGAGGUGCACAGAGUGAAAACACUCCAGCAAGUUUCAGUUCUUCUCCUUGCCAAAUGAAAUAGCUUGGAGGUUCAUUCUGGAGAUGCAUGCAGUUCCCAUGAAAGGGAUCUGUUGUGUAUAAGCCCUGUCCCACAUAAGCCCCUGACAUGCUUGCCACCUCCCCAAGUGCUCUUGGAGACAUGCACACAACUUUUCCUUCAGCACCUAUGGCAUGCAGUUCUGUGUGGCCUGUCAGCAUGCCAAUACAGUUAGUGGCUUAACAGCUUCAGGUAUUCAGUUAGCAAGCACCUGAAUGUGCCCUGCCAAGCAAGAAAGCAAGCAGUUACAGCUUGCCAGUCAUAGGCAAAGACAUAAGGCUUACCAAAUCUGGACUUGCAUGCAACUAAACCCAAGACAGUAUCCCAUAGACGUGCUCAAAAUUCUUUCAGUUUACCAAACUUUAAAACCCAAAUCUAGUAUGCUAUGUCACAGACGGGAUCAAGGCAAGGUACAGUCCAUACAUCAGUCAAUCUAAUGUUCCUUUAGAAAAGAUGUGAUUUUUCCAGAGAAAUAUGUUGCCUUCUGCCUGCAGAUCUCUCUAGAUCAGUGGUGCUCAACCUUUUUGCCUGUGGGGUUGGAUGGGCAAUGCUUGUUUCACCCUGUGGACCAGAUCCAGCCUGUGGACCCAAUCUGGUGCCCAGGGUGGGACCCCAUCUGAUUAUAUAGAGGAGGGUAGGGGGCAGCCCAGCCUUGCUCUAGCCACAUGAAGAAAGGCUUUGCCCCAACCAGGACCAGCAGCAGGGGAAGGGACAUGACCUGGCCCCACAGGGAGAAGGGGGUGCAGCCUGGACCCUACCCAGCUGCAGAGGGAAGGGGGUGUGGUCCAACCUUGCUCUGGUGGUGGGGGGAGGGUUGUGGCCCAGCUCCAAUUCAUUGCAAAAUCCCAGGUCUUGGGAUUUUGGUGGGGGGUGGGUAGUAUUAACUGCCCUUGCUUCCCCACCACCAUCCUGACCCAUGGGCCAGAUUCCAAAGCUCCAUGGGUCACAUUUGACCUGCAAACUGGAGGUUGGGCACCCCUGCUCUAGAUACUGGGGAACCCAUAAACAGACCUGCUCCAACAGGGCUUUAGAUAUGCAAGUCCUCUGACUCAUAGAUUCAUAGAUGCUCAGUCAUUCCUAGUCAUGAUCUUGAAAACUAUAACAGAGCCCCCUCCCCCCCCAUCACCUCACCAUCCCCAACAACUGUGGAAAAUGACACUUGGCUGGUAGUGCUAAGUCACCUGUGAUCAGGUUCCUGCAUGGACCUCAGGGCGGGUAGCUUUCCAUGGAGUCCCAGACUGGUUCUCCACAAAGCAGGCAGUUGCUGUUAACGUCCCUGUGGUGCUGUCUGUCCCAAUACCAUCUCAAGCAUUUUAAAGAGUUAAGGAAAACCCCAAGUGGUGGGCUGGUGGCUAGGGCAGGGGCAGAUGCAAUUACAGCUUGUGUGCUUUACUAACCUAAAUCAUGUAGUUAGGGCAAUGUCCUCUGGUGACAAAUACUGCCUGCUGACUACACAGCUUAUUUCUUUUCAUCUCUUUGGGUCUCCUUGACCUGCAAUCAACAUGAUGAAAUUAGCUCUGCCCAGUCCUGCCCCCACUUAUUUACUGUGCCUAAUCCAAUCCUCUAGUAGGAAAGAGGUGCUCUCAGUGCUAGUGUUUCCCUUUCCCCCACCAUAUCCACUCCAGAAGAAGGGGUUGUGCGUGUGUGCAUGUGUGCACACAGUGGCUGUGCCAACACGCUGGCGGAUAUGCUGUAAAUGCUUAGCUAUAGCUACGCAGAUGGGGGAAUCCAGAUGCCAGUUGGCAGAGGAGGUCUUUCUAAUCUCCUUAGCAGCCCCCUGGGAAGUUUUGGUUUACAAACUGGAGCCUGUUCCCCGGUCAUUGUUCAUUAGUACUAGGCUGGCCUCACUGCCCAUUCAGCUGAAGGAGGGGGGGAAAAGGGGUACAAAGGGCUGAACUAGAGCACAAGACCUGAUGAUAAUACAUGGCAGUUAGAGCACUUUGAAGGCAUUUGUGAAGUAACUUUGGCAGCCCACAGCACAGUGGGUCUAAAUCAUGAACCCCCCUUUACAAAUGGAGAAACAUAAGGACUUGCAUCUUGUAGUGCAGCAGGACCAGCAAUGGCCUGAUGGGGGUAAAGAAAAGAAAAUCUUUUAUCGCAUUUCUUGGUGACAGCACAGCAACAAUGAGCUAAUCCAAUAACUUUCUGGUUACAGACAGGUCAAACAUGUUCCUGAGCCCAGUAUUAACAGUGAUUGGCUCAGAAUGCUAGGAUGGGGAAGAAAAGGAAAAAGAGAUCUGAAAGCAGUUCUCCGUAUGUUCUGUUAUCUGGGGGAUAGCUGUGGGUUGGACAGUGGGAAGAAAGGUGGAAGCAGUAAGCCCCUUGUUGCUUGUCAUGACUACAGGUGCAAUCCUUUACCCCUUCCCAGGAACAAAGGUAGGUGCAAAUGACCCCAUCAUACUGCACCUAGCUCAGUAUAGCAAACUACUCAGAAAUAUCCAAGAAAAGGAGAAAGGAGCAUUCUGCACUGCCAUGAGGGACAGCCUGGGUAGGAGUAUCUGUGACAAACCUUGUUCUUCAUUGCUAUGCAUGGGAACAACAUUCCACUGUGUACUACUGGAGGGUGGAUACAGUAUAGAAGCAUUUGCAAAAUAGAGCUCUUAGGGUUGGCUGUACUUUGCAUCAACCCCAGCUACUGAAUGGGAAGAAAAAACUGGAACAUUUCUGCCCCUAGCAUGUGAACUACUUCCCCCACUAACACCUCCAGCCACUAGGUGCUGGUACCUGACAGGCAAUCAAAAGGCAAAAUGGCACAAACUCAGACACACCUUUCUCUCACUGAAAGCAGCAACAGCUCAGCCUCACAUCAUCUGGUUUCAGAUCUUUCCCUUUUUCUGCUCUGUUUAUUUAGCAUCCUUCCAUUCUUCAGGCUCAUAGAUCCUAUUCUGAAUUUCCUGGCUGCUAAGAAACCUGCCUUGUUCCUAUCUGAGGUGCUCAUGUCAUCUGAGGUGGAGACUUACAUUGCACACCAAACCAGCCCUGGCCUCAUAGGUGUGACAGGGUCUCACUGAUGGCAACAGUCUGUGAUGCAGAGGUCCUUCAAGUAGCUCCAUGUUUCAAUGCAGGGCAGCUUCUGUCACACUGAGGGAGGUGGAGAAUUCUAGGGUCAGUUCCACCGUAUAAAGGAAAGUUCUCCACCUCUUCAAAGUGUUUCUUCAAUGUGUAGUCCAUCAAAUCCAUAUAAAUGGGUCCACUCUCUCCACAGGCAGGGAAAAAACAUUAAAAAAACAGAAGAGGUCAUGCCUGCUAAUUCUCAUGGGGCCCUGUGUUUGACUUCCUGUAUCCACUCUUGAAACUGAUUAAAAUGAUAUAUAGUAAUGCAGAACAACACCUGCUGACUAGGAUCCUAAUAACCUGUGGAAUGGUCUCUACUUGGUAGCUUCAACUAGGACAGCAUUUCUCAACCUGUGGGUCAUGACCCAAAAGUGGGUCACAAGAAUAUAUGGAAGGGUGGCAAACAAACUUUAAACAUGGAUCAACAAACUUUAAAAAUGGAGAAAAAAAAUGUGGGAAACCAUGGCUUUUCCCUUGCAGGCUGUCAGAGUUCCUGCCCCCCACAUCCGCCUCCUGCCCUACACACUGGAUAGAUAUGAAGGAGAAAAUAUUUUCCUUGACUUAAAAAACAGUAAUGAGUUUUAAAUUCGAGUCUUUAGAAUGAGGUACCCAAAAGCUGCACAAACAGGUCUCUUAACGUGAACCCUAGGAUACUUAAUAAAAAGAACAGCUCGCUUCUUUGCAUAUCUAUAGUAUCCCACUUUCUCUCCAAGAGGGAACCUCAGUUCUUGUCCAAUGGACCUUUAGAAAAGACCCAUGCUUAAAGCGAUCCUUCAAGAACAGAGCAACAAACCCCUUGAAAAUCUGAUACCUCAAAAGCUCCUCUGCAUGUUUAUGUUUUAGAACUGGGAGAGGGAAUCAACUGACCUGAAUGGCUUUUAUCCUUUCCAAGUGAAACGUUUAUGCAGAGUGACAUGAGGGUAGGGUCCCUUCUUUGUGACAUCCUGAGUUAUGUUAGAAGGAAAGGAAAUAGAUACCUUUUGUUCAGGGGGAAAAUGGGGAUUUGACUUGGGAAGGAAGCUGGGCACUGCCAGAGAGAAAGCAAGUAAAUGGGAACUGAAAACAAUGGGUGCUAUUUUUCUUAUCCUGGCUGACAGCACUGUGAUUAUGCCACCUAUGGCUAUAGAUUCAGACAAGGACACAGAGUUCUGGUCACCACAAUGACUUUCCAGAGAAGAAUGGGUUUUAGGGAUUCAGGUUCAAGUUGCUUGGCUCCUUUUAGAACAAACCUAGUUAGGGUAUGAGAUUACAUAGGGAAGGUGGCACAAGAUCUUAAGAAACUAGUGAACACAACAACCCUUUCAGGUACUAGGCUGUGAUUUCAUGGGACAGAGCAUAACGCAUUCUUAGUGCUAGGGGCCCUUGCAUCUGCAAUAGUACAGAGAUAAUUUGCAGUUGUGGUUUGUGGCAAACAAAUAUACUAAUCCUUCAAAUCUGGUGUAACAGAAGAUCCAUUCCUUGUGAUCUGUUUGCACUGUAGAGCCAAACUGCUGGGCUGCAGACUAUCCCAGCUGCAGGUGCUGUUCUGAAAGUCAAAAAAGAUUUCCUGCCCAUUAUUAGUCUUGUGAGAGAAGACAGCAAGGAUUUUCUUCUCAGAUGGGCAGGUUGCUCUGGGAGUUUGUCUGGGGGACAGGGUGUGAUGCCAAGAGGAUGUCCUGGUCACCAGUGAAACAAGGAUCUGCAGCCACUCCUGUGACAAGUGUUUGUGGUCCUCUCAGUACAAGAACCAAGCUUGCAGCAGCAUCCUGAGAAAGUUCCAGAGUGGCCUCAAAGAUUUUUGAUAAACUCUACUGGUGAAAGAAGGCAGCAGACCAUGUAAACCGCAACUGGAAUAUUUGGUUGACUUACAACCAGUUGUCCAGUCAUGAUAGACUAUGACCUCCUCCUACUACAGAACACUUGUUGUAAUAAAUACCGUGUUAU